AUGAUUUUGAUCCAGAACCUAAAACUGAAUUAUACGAUCAACUUCAAGAUAAUUUUUACUAUGGAGAUAACGAUGAUGAAACAAUAAUCUCUGUUGUUCUUGAAUAUAUUAAAUCAAAGAUAGAUAAUAAUAUUAAACUAAUAUUUGAUGAACAAAAUUUAUUAGUAUUUUACGAAUUACAAAACCAAUUUGAAACAGAAGUAAAGGAUGAAACAUAUCGUCGUAUGGGUAUUGAUAAUCCAGAUAUAGUUAAUUUAGAGGAGUUUAAUAAUUUAAAAGAAGAAGUCAAACAAGCAAAACUUAGAAGAACAUGUAAAUUAUUUAAUGAUACAUGUUCACAUUACGAUAUAAACGAAGUAAAUCAUGGAUUUUAUGAGUUUGUAAAAGAGUCGAAAGUGUUAAUUUAUAGAUUCAAACUCACUGAAGAUAAAAAAUAUGUAUGGAUAAAAAAUGGAGACAGGAUGGAAAAAAGAGAGUUAUUCCGAAACAAAGAAGUGAAUUAUUGUUGCGGAGGUGUUGGUCAAAGUUCUAUUUUUAUUUCUG